GGAUAUUUCGCGAGCGCGGAAGUGCUUAUGAGUCAGUGCAGGUGAAAAUCUCGGACAAAUUUGAUUGCCGCCAUGGAGAUCUCCUGCGUCGACAAGAGCAUGCUGCGACUGGCUGUGGCGCUGGACAAGCGCGGCAGCGGCAAUGCGAACCGAGAGGAAUCCGUGAGAAUGCCGAGAUUAUCCGAAUCCAGGGAAGGCGGCGACUCUAUCUCCUCCCGAAAUCCGGGGGCGUCUUACAGGUCCCGGAGCUACAGCACCAGCGGAUUUGUGAGGAAGACCUUCAAGCUGCCGAGCAAUGGCCCCCUGGAGCUGGAAAUUCUGGUGGGAAGGAUAGAGCGUGGAGAGAUUGGUUUCGAGGAAGUCCGAGCCUACACGGACAGGUACUUAACCGGAAGCUUUGCUGGGCGAGUGUUGCGGUGCUUCAAGGAUGGAAAGAUAGCGCUCGAGUUCUUCAAGUGGUGCCAGGACCAGGCAGGAUUUUCUCACAGUACUUACUCGUACAAUUGUCUCAUGGAUCUUCUCUUCCGGAUGAAGCUCUACCAGGACGUCUACGCGACUUUCAGGGCCAUGAGAGAGUGCUCUCCAAACAGGUAUACUUUCCGGGUGGUGCUCAAGAGCUUUUGCAAGCAAGGGAAGCUCCGGGAUGGUUACAAGCUGUUUGAGCAGAUGCUAGACAAUGGGAUAAGUCCGGAUGGGAUCGAGUACAACAUUCUCAUCGAUGGAUACGCGAAGAAAGGGAGAGUUGACGAGGCCAACAGGUUGUACGAGGAGAUGGUUUCUGUUGGCUUGGAGCCGAGCAUCUAUACUUACAACUCCUUGCUCAAUGCGUUCUGCAAGGAGACGAAGAUGAAGGAAGCCAUGGAGCUGUUUAAAACAAUGGCCGAGAAAGGCUUCGAGCCGGACGUUGUCACUUACAGCACCAUCAUCUCGGGGCUUUGUAAGACGGGGAAGGUGACCGAAGCUUUGGAGAUGGUAGAGGAGAUGACCGAGAAGGGUGUGAAUCCCGACGUUGCGACUUACACUAUCAUCGUGGACAGGCUCUGUAGAGCGGGGAAAGUUGACGAAGCUGACGAGCUGUUUCACAAGAUGAUUGAACGGGGCUGCUCGGCAAACACUGUUGCUUACAACGCGCUCAUCAACGGGCUCUGCAAGGACGAGAACAUCGAACGGGCUUACAAGCUACUUGAAGAGAUGGCGAGCAAGGGAUACGUGCCUGACAACAUCACAUACAACACAAUUCUCAGCGGGCUUUGCAGGAUGGGGAAGGUGAGUGAGGCCAAGCAGUUUUUUGACAGUAUGCCUUCCAGGGGAUACAGUCCCGACGUUGUGGCAUACAACGGUCUUCUGGACGCUCUGUACAAGGAAGGCAAAGUUGCAGAGGCUUGGGGUCUUUUCAAGACCAUGGGUGAGAGGCCGGACAGGCUAACUUGCUACAUUAUGCUUCAAGGACUCUUCAAUGAGAAGAAAGUGGACGACGCUGUCAAGUUCUUUGAAGGGGUCAUACGAGACGGCAAGUUUGGCCACGAGGGGGCAACGUAUUCACUUCUGAUAGAGGGCCUUUGCAAGUCCAAGAAGGUGGACGAAGCUGUCACUAUGCUCAACGAGAUGCUCGAGAAAGGACACGUUCCACAGACUGUCCCAGCAACGGCCCUUCUCUCGUCGCUUUGCAAGGAGAAGAAGGUUGAUGAUGCUUUGGCCUGCUUUGAAGCGCUGAAAGCCAGGGGAUACAAACCGGACGUGGUGACUUACAACGCUCUUCUCUCCGGGCUUAGAAAAUGCGAGAAGUUUGAUUUGGCCGUCAGCCUGCUGGAAGACAUGGCGGACAGGAAAGUCGCUCCAGACUUGAUUACGUACAACACACUUAUCGAUGGCUUUUGUCGCGUUGAGAAGACAGACGAGGCCAUGAAGCUGUUCAAAGACGUCAUCGCCAAGGGAUACAUGCCAGACACUGUGACUUACAACUCGAUACUGCUGGGGUUGGCAAGAAAAAGCAACAUGGACGAGGCCGAGGAAAUGUUUAAGAAAAUGGUGGCUAGCGGCUGUGCUCCAAAUGGCGCAACGUACAGCAUCGUUCUCUCGGGUCACUGUAGAGUGGGGAACAUGGCUAGAUGCCUCGAACUCUACGAGGAAAUGACCGAGAAGCGGUUCAGCCCCGAUGUCCUGCUCUGCAAUGCCGUCAUCGAUAUGCUUUGCAAGGCCAAAAAGGUGGACGAUGCGCACAAGGUUCUCGAAGAGAUGAGCAAAAUCGGAGCCGUGCCGGAUGUGGUUACGUAUAACAUCCUUCUGGACGGGCUGUGCAAAACCAACUUGGUGGACAAGGCCCACGAGCUGUUCUCGACCAUGGUCGACAACGGCUGCGCUCCAGACAUCGUAAGCUACAGCGUUGUCCUCAACGGGCUGUGCAAGACAAACAAGGUGCACGAUGCCAGAGUUCUCUUCGACAGGAUGAUCGAGAGGAAGUUGGUUCCGGACGUUGUCACCUUCAACAUCUUGAUGGACGGGCUGUGCAAGGCAGGGAAGUUGGACGAGGCCAAAGAUCUUCUGGAUGUUAUGAGCGAGCACAACGUUCUUCCAGAUGGAGUGACUUGCACCACGCUCAUGCACGGCCUGUGCCGGGACAAGAGAACGGACGAGGCUGUGAGGCUUUUCCAGUACAUGGUGGAGAAAGGCACUGUGGCUGACGUCCUCCCCCACAACAUCGUCCUCGCAGGCCUGUGCAGGGAAGGCAAGCUCGCGCAGGCCCUUCUCUUUUUCAAG